GCUGCAACGGAGGAGUCUUCGUCGACUAAUGAAGUGCCGCAAGAGGGGAAUACAAGUUCCGGGAAGGAGUCCGGAAGGGAUAAUCCGGCAGACCAAGAGGUUUGGUCGUCGGCUAAUCUGACAGAUGUUGUCAAUGAUUUGAAACUGAUGUCGGAUAAUUCACUGGAGGGUUCCCGAAUUCUCAAACGAUCUUUUCUUGCCCAUCUGAGCGUUGACCUAUAA